AUGGCCGGAUACUCCCUCGUCGAGGCCACCACCACCUUGGUCAACGAACAGGCUUACAUCUACAUGCUCGUAAAGUCGAGCACAGGCAAGCUUGACCAAGCUUACGUUCCCAUCCCCCGGGACGACCUCAAGGGCGCCGCCAAAGCCUCCAUCAAGGCUUACAAGGCCAAAGUCCCCAAGGCCAAGCGCCUCUUCUACCGUUGUGUGUUGGGGAAGAAGACACAGGUGUCGAUGGUCACUUUGGCCAAGACCACCAAUAGCCACAUGGCCAACGGUCACGGGUACCGUCCCGUCAUCAAAACUGAGACCUCGGACCCCAUCAUGACGGAUGCGAUGGACAACCUCGACGGCCUCAACGAGGUCGAUCCCGACGAGUUCUUCGAACUCUAUAAGAAUGCCAUCGGCAGCGGGGAGGGUCCCCGCAACGCGGCUCUCCUGAUCCAUCUCGCAGAUGGGAAUAAGGUCGCUCUCAAGGUUAUUGGUGGCGCUCUCACCACUGCCGCCGGUGCCACCAUCAAGUGGCUGGCAGACAACAUCAUGGGCAACAUGAAUUAA